GUAGUGGUUAUAGGUGGAGGGCAUGCAGGAACAGAAGCAUGCACAGCAGCAUCAAGGGUUGGAGCAGAUACAUUGUUAAUUACUCAAACUAUAAAUACUAUUGGUGUCAUGUCAUGUAAUCCAUCGAUUGGUGGUGUAGGUAAAGGAAAUUUGGUUACAGAAAUUGAUGCAUUGGGUGGUAUAAUGGGUAAAGCUGCGGAUGAAAGUGGUUGUCUUUUUAGAAUUUUAAAUUCAAGUAAAGGUAGUGCAGUUCAUGGUCCUAGAGCACAAAUUGAUCGUGAGCUUUAUCAAGAAUCAAUUCAUAAUAUACUUUCAACCUAUGAAAAAUUAUCAAUUAGAGAGGGUAUGGUUGAGGAUCUCCUAUUGGAUGAAAGCGAUCCUAAUAAUCGUAAAGUUAUUGGUGUCUCACUUCAAGAUGGUACCAUCGUUAAAACAAAAAAAGUAGUAAUUACAACAGGUACAUUUUUAGGUGGUGUAAUUCAUCUUGGCAAUAAAAGAAUCCCAGCAGGUAGAAUUGGUGAUCAAGCAGCAACAGCACUUUCAGUAACUUUAGAAAGAAUUGGUUUUGAAUUGGGAAGAUUAAAGACAGGUACUCCACCACGUUUAGAUGGUUCAACUAUUAAUUACGAAGGUUUAGAGAUUCAAAAUGGUGAUGAAAUUCCCACACCAUUCUCUUUCUCAAAUAGAAAAGUUAAAUACAAUCAAAGUCAAUUAGCAUGCCAUAUGACAAGAACAAACGAAGAAUCACACAAAAUUAUUUUAGAAAAUUUAGAUUCACGUCCAGUUUUAGAUUCAGGUGAAAAUGGUAAAGGUUUGGGUCCAAGAUAUUGUCCAUCAAUCGAAACUAAACUCGAGCGUUUUGAAGGUAAAUUCCAUCAAAUUUGGUUAGAACCAGAAGGUUUCAACACAGACGUAGUUUAUCCAAAUGGUAUUAGUAUGUCAUUACCAGAAGAUGUACAAUUAAAAUUCCUUAGAUCCAUUCAAGGUUUAGAGAAUGUCAGAAUGUUAAGACCUGGUUAUGCAAUCGAAUAUGAUUAUAUUGAUCCACGUGAACUUAAACACACUUUAGAAACUAAAAAGAUAAAUGGUCUUUAUUUAGCAGGCCAAAUCAAUGGUACAACAGGUUAUGAAGAAGCAGGUGCACAGGGUAUAUUAGCAGGUAUUAAUGCAGGUCUUUCAAUCGAUGAAGAAAAGCAACAAAUGGUUAUUAGUAGAUCAGAAGGUUAUCUUGGUGUAUUGGUUGAUGAUUUGGUUACAGUCGGUGUUGACGAACCAUACAGAAUGUUUACAUCACGUUCAGAAUUUCGUAUUUCAUUGCGUGCACAUAAUGCAGAUAUGAGACUAACAGAAAAAGCUUAUAAAUUUGGUAGUGCAUCAAAAGAACAAUACGAAAAUCUUCUCAAGAAAAAGAAAAUCAUAUCAGAUGUUUUAGAGUUCCUCUCUGUAGAAUAUAAACCAUCAGAACUCAAAACACUUGGUAUUAAUGUAAAAGAUAAAAUGUCACUAGCUGACACUAUUGCAAAAAGAAAAGAGGUCAACUUUGAACAUUUUAGACAUUUGAUUCCAAAGGAUCUAAUGGAUAAUCUCCCAGAGGAAUAUAUACCAUUGAUCGAAAGCGAGUGUAGAUAUAUGGAAUACUCAUCAAAACACACUGUAGAAAUGGAAAAACUUAGAAAUAGAGAGGAUAGUCUUAUACCUGAAUCAUUUGAUUUUAAUGAAAUAGGUCAAUUAUCAACCGAACUUAAACAAAAAUUAUCUAAAAUUCGUCCAACAAGUAUUGCUGCUGCUUCUCGUAUUAGUGGUAUGACUCCAACUGCUUUAAUA